AUGGUCUCUCAGCUGAGCCUAUCAAAAAAAGUGUGCGUUAUCGGUGCCGGACCAUCGGGGCUAGUGGCCGCAAGGGAGUUGAUAAAAGAAGGUCACACGGUUGCGGUUUUGGAACAAAGAUAUGAUGUUGGUGGUCAAUGGUUAUAUGAUCCCAAUGUAGAGAUUGAGGAUCCAUUAGGGAAGAACAAUUUUUUACAAGUGCAUAGUAGUAUUUAUGCCUCUCUUAGGUUAAUAUCUCCAAGGGAGAUCAUGGGUUUCACUGAUUUCCCAUUUUUGGUGAAGAAAGGUAGAGACACUAGGAGGUUUCCUGGUCAUAAGGAACUUUGGUUGUACCUUAAGGAUUUUUGCGAGCACUUUGGUUUAAGGGAGAUGAUAAGGUUUAACACCAGAGUAAACUACGUAGGGAUGUUAGACUAUGAUGAGAUCGGGAAAGAUUUGAAAUGGAUCGUGAAGAGCAAGGUGAAAAGCAAUGAAGAAGAGGUGGUGGUGGAAGAGGUUUUCGAUGCAGUUAUUGUGGCUACUGGUCAUUAUUCCCAUCCUAGGUUGCCGGCCAUUAAAGGGAUGGAUGCAUGGAAAAGGAAGCAAAUGCAUAGUCACAUUUACAGGGUUCCAGAGCCAUUCCGCAAUGAGAUAGUUGUGGUUGUGGGAAAUUCGCUAAGUGGACAGGAUAUAUCAAUGGAGCUUGUGGAAGUGGCAAAGGAAGUCCACCUGAGUGCCAAAUCCCUUAAUAUUACAGAGGGUUUAUCUAAAGUCAUCUCUAAACAUGACAACUUGCAUCUCCAUCCCCAGAUCGAGACCCUUCAAGAAGAUGGUCGAGUUCUGUUUGUAGAUGGCUCUUCCAUCAUUGCCGACACUGUCUUAUAUUGCACAGGGUAUUCAUAUGCUUUCCCAUUUCUUGACACCAAAGGGAUGGUAGCUGUUGAUGAUGAUAGAGUGGGACCCUUGUAUGAGCACACCUUCCCUCCGUCGCUUGCGCCUUCUCUCUCUUUUGUAGGCAUCCCUAGAAAGAUCAUAGGGUUCCCUUUCUUUGAGGCCCAAGCAAAAUGGAUUGCUCAACUACUCUCAGGGAAAAGAACAUUGCCAUCAUGGGAUGAAAUGAUGCACUCCAUUGAGGAGUUCUAUAGCUCAAGGGAUGCUGCUGCAAUUCCAAAGCAUAAUGCACAUGAUAUUGCAGAUUUUGAGUAUUGUGACAAAUAUGGCGAUCAUAUUGGAUUCCCACACUUGGAAGAAUGGAGGAAACAACUUUGCUUAUUGGCCUUAGUAAAUGCUGAUGCCAACUUGGAGACAUACCGUGACUCGUGGGAUGAUCAUGAGCUGCUUCAAGAGGCUCUUCGAAGUCCUCAUUUCACUCAACUUGGAGUUGAAGAUUGA